AUGAAUGAUAAUGAUCGAUUGUUGCUCAGUCUUUUUCAGAAAUGGACAUUUCCAUCUGGCAAUGGACAAAUUGCUCAUUAUAGCGAGCAGGAAUGCAUGUUAUUGUGGAUUCGUCCAAAUUACAUAGAAACGUGGCAGCAAAUGGACUUUGUCAAAUUAUUGUUUUCCCUUUAUCUUUUCACAACCAAUGGUGACUUCAUCGGAUUACCUCAUGUCGAACCUUCUGUGCAGCGUAGUUGGAUAUGA